CAAUCCUCAUCAAAUUGGUUUUGUCACACUCAUUACCACCUCCCUCACCAAAUAUUCCGCAAGAAGUACCCCCCAUACGCUAAGGUUCUCUUAGCUCGUCCCCAGUCCAAUUGCCUCCUACCACCACCUCCUCCGCCGCUGUUGACUACACCACAACCACCACCACCAUCACCACCGAGAUCUCUAAACAUGUCUCUUAGAUCAAGACCAACACCACCUCCCACUGAACCAUCCACCACCGAUCCAACCACCACCGCCAUAAAACCCCCUCCGCCACCUCCCUCCGCAGUAUCACAAACCCUAACAAUCACAGCCAACCUAGCGAACCUCCUCCCAACAGGCACUCUCCUAGCCUUCCAACUCCUCACCCCAAUCUUCACCUCUAACGGCGCCUGCGACUCCGCCACCGCCUCCCUCACUCUCCUCCUCCUCCUCCUCCUCUCCGCCUCCUGCUUCCUCGCCUCCUUCACCGACAGCUUCAAAUCCUCAUCCAACAACCAAAUCUACUACGGAUUCGCAACAAUCAAAGGCAUGUUCCUCUUCGAUUAUCCAUCUUCUUCUUCAAAUGGAAUUCCAGAUCUCAGCAAGUACCGCCUCAGGUUCAUCGAUUGGGUUCAUGCGAUUCUGUCUGUGCUUGUGUUUGGUGCUGUGGCUUUUAGAGAUAAGAAUGUGGUGAAGUGCUUGUAUCCGAGUCCUGGACAUGAAACUGAGGAGGUUCUGGACAUUGUUCCGAUUGCGAUUGGGUUGAUCUGUAGCUUGCUGUUUGUUGUGUUUCCUACUAGAAGACAUGGAAUUGGCUACCCUGUUUCUCCAUGAUCGGGCAAAUGUUUCUCUCUCAUUUUUGAAUAUUUUGUCUGAAUUAAGUACUAUGUUACCAAAACUACUAUGAACUAUGAAAAUUUCUGGUGUGAAUUUAAACUUCUUGCUGUAAUAACAAAUUCAGAAUACAUCUUCUUUGUAAAUAUUAA